AUGCAUGAAAGAAGAGAGGACCCGGGAGGCGUUGUCUUUCUUACUCGCCAGACGCCCGCGCUACAACCUGAAGCUGUGGUGAGCCACGCCACAAGCAACUGUGAAGCUGUGGUGAGCCACGCCACAAGCAACACUGAAGCUGUGGUGAGCCACGCCACAAGCAACUGUGAAGCUGUGGUGAGCGACGCCACAAGCAACUGUGAAGCUGUGGUGAGCCACGCCACAAGCAACACUGAAGCUGUGGUGAGCGACGCCUCAAGCGACUCUGAAGCUGUGGUGAGCGACGCCUCAAGCGACUCUGAAGCUGUGGUGAGCCACGCCACAAGCGACUGUGAAGCUGUGGUGAGCCACGCCACAAGCAACACUGAAGCUGUGGUGAGCGACGCCUCAAGCGACUGUGAAGCUGUGGUGAGCGACGCCUCAAGCAACUGUGAAGCUGUGGUGAGCGACGCCACAAGCCACUGUGAAGCUGUGGUGAGCCACGCUACAAACGACUCUGAAGCUGUGGUGAGCGACGCCUCAAGCGACUCUGAAGCUGUGGUGAGCCACGCCACAAGCGACUGUGAAGCUGUGGUGAGCCACGCCACAAGCAACACUGAAACUGUGGUGAGCGACGCCUCAAGCGACUGUGAAGCUGUGGUGAGCGACGCCUCAAGCAACUGUGAAGCUGUGGUGAGCGACGCCUCAAGCCACUGUGAAGCUGUGGUGAGCGACGCCACAAGCAACUGUGAAGCUGUGGUGAGCGACGCCUCAAGCGACUCUGAAGCUGUGGUGAGCGACGCCACAAGCGACUCUGAAGCUGUGGUGAGCGACGCCACAAGCGACUCUGAAGCUGUGGUGAGCGACGCCUCAAGCGACUCUGAAGCUGUGGUGAGCGACGCCACAAGCGACUCUGAAGCUGUGGUGAGCGACGCCACAAGCGACUCUGAAGCUGUGGUGAGCGACGCCACAAGCGACUCUGAAGCUGUGGUGAGCGACGCCACAAGCGACUCUGAAGCUGUGGUGAGCGACGCCACAAGCGACUCUGAAGCUGUGGUGAGCGACGCCUCAAGCAACUGUGAAGCUGUGGUGAGCGACGCCACAAGUGACUGUGAAGCUGUGGUGAGCGACGCCACAAGCGACUCUGAAGCUGUGGUGAGCGACGCCACAAGCGACUCUGAAGCUGUGGUGAGCGACGCCACAAGCGACUCUGAAGCUGUGGUGAGCGACGCCACAAGCGACUCUGAAGCUGUGGUGAGCGACGCCACAAGCGACUCUGAAGCUGUGGUGAGCGACGCCACAAGCGACUCUGAAGCUGUGGUGAGCGACGCCACAAGCGACUCUGAAGCUGUGGUGAGCGACGCCACAAGCGACUCUGAAGCUGUGGUGAGCGACGCCACAAGUGACUGUGAAGCUGUGGUGAGCGACGCCACAAGCGACUCUGAAGCUGUGGUGAGCGACGCCACAAGCGACUCUGAAGCUGUGGUGAGCGACGCCACAAGCGACUCUGAAGCUGUGGUGAGCGACGCCACAAGCGACUCUGAAGCUGUGGUGAGCGACGCCACAAGCGACUCUGAAGCUGUGGUGAGCGACGCCACAAGUGACUGUGAAGCUGUGGUGAGCGACGCCACAAGUGACUGUGAAGCUGUGGUGAGCGACGCCACAAGCGACUCUGAAGCUGUGGUGAGCGACGCCACAAGCGACUCUGAAGCUGUGGUGAGCGACGCCACAAGCGACUCUGAAGCUGUGGUGAGCAACGCCACAAGCGACUCUGAAGCUGUGGUGAGCGACGCCACAAGCGACUCUGAAGCUGUGGUGAGCCACGCCACAAGCGACUCUGAAGCUGUAUGUGUCUAG